AUGACCCUGCCUUUCUACCUGAACCAGAACACGCCGGCCGAAGGCGAGGACCUGAUGGAGCACCUAACGGCCAAGUAUGGGCCGGCGGCAGUCGCGCGCUUCGACGCGCCCGACAACCCGCUUGACUGCGCCGCCGGCAAGGUCGGCAUCAGCUUCAACAAGCAGCGUCGCAUCAUCCGCACGGGCGACUCGCACCGGCUCGUCGAGUGGUGCAAGGCGACGCAGCCGCAGACGGUCGACCCACUAAUGGAGACGCUCUUCAAAGCCUACUUCGAGGACGCCCGCGACCUCUCGCGGCGCGAAGAGCUCGUGGCGUGCGCGGCCGCGUGCGGCCUCGAUGGCGAGGCUGCGGGCAAGGCGCUUCACUCGGACGCAUUCCAGCGCGAGGUGGACGCCAAGGCGACGGGCUGGUCGCGGCAGGGCGUGCGCGGCGUCCCAUUCUUCGUCGUGCACCCGGCGAGCGGCAACGGCGAGCCGGUGGCCUUCUCUGGCGCGCAGCCGAGCGAGGUCAUCGCCGAGGUGCUGGCCGAGCAGGCGGCGGCGUGA